AUCGCGGACUGGGAAGGUUGUAUUACAAGAAAAUUUUCAAGUCGAAAACAAUGCAGAAGACAACCAGCUCCUUGGCCACAAUGCGAGGAAUUCUGGCUCUCGUGCUGGUCAUCUGCCUGGUGGAGUGCACCACGGAGCAGAGAAUAGACAAUAGAGGUAGUAAAGCUUCGAAUCUAAUACAGAAAGUCAACGGAUGGCGCAGUCAACGCGGAGGAUCUUGUCUCAGCUACGGACACUCGUGCUGGGGGGCUCAUGGCAAGCGGUCUGGUAAAGAACCUUCUUCGGCUCCAGAUUGGUACAUCACCAGAAUCCUUAGGCGAAUGGCUGCUAACAGUGAUCUGAAUAACUCCAGGGACCUUGACUCUCGUACUACUGGCGACAUCUAUCAAGCAAAUAUGGAAGAUUUACCCAACAGGUUCGUGCUUGGAACGGAAGUGAUUUCAGACAUUGCUUCAAAACAGGCGGCCAAGCCUAUGCUGGACGAAGACCUGCUUUCCAAUAUGAAAUUCUGGCAAAUGAUGAAAUUAGCCUCUGAAGAAAACUAAUCACUGACUGACUUCACUUCACAAAUACUCCGGAUUCAAUCGCAAGGCUGGGUUGCGAUUGAUUUGUAAUAUAUAGCAUAAGACGACGUGCCAUUCUGCGACAUGCCAUACUAUAACAACAUAUAGAUUGUUUAACUUCGACUAAAACUAUUCAUGAAUAAAUAACUAUUACCACCAAAAUAUUACAGUACAGCUGAACCGGGAACGUUAAAAACUACUAAUGUAGUAUUAAACUAUAUAAAAUUUUAUUCUUCACCUUCAUAUUUUCGUGUAUUCCUCAUAAUUUCACAUCAAAUAACAAAUUUAUGAAAUAGCUCAAUAUAUCAUUGUAGUAUAUUAUAUGAUAUACAUGUUUCACUGUUGGUGUUAAUUAUGAAAUUUAAUAAAACAUGCUGUAUA